UCUCUUGUUUUAGUCUCGGACGGGCAGGGGGACUGUGGUUUCCCUGACAUUCCUGGGAACAAAUCCAAACAGAGAAAAAGGGCAGGAAAAUAUUUCACUUUCCCGAGUUUUACUUCAGCUUUGGAGACAUAUAUAAAACCUGCAGUUCUCUCAUUGGGAAACAGAGAAAAGUCUUAAUUGAAGGGGAUACAGAAGGGCAGUAUAUUAUUAGCAGCUCUGAAUUAAUUGCACAAAACAGUCACCCAGCAGAGGACAACAUAUUUUCAUGAGGUGGAUUUUUUUUGUGGCCAUGGAUACAGAAAAAGACUGCACCUUGAAUUCUGUCAUUGGAAUAUAACUGUGAGUUUUGCAACAAACUUUUGGAAACGCUGUGUUAUUGGAGACAAUGCAAUUUCGUUACAUAUUUAUAAGUUUAGCAUUAUAUGGAGUUUAAUUCAAUGCAAAUUACUGUAUUGAAAAUGUGACACACCGUUUGGCAUAUAAAAUAGACAAGUCUGGAAUAGCUGUCUUUAUUUUCUAACUGGAAGAAUGAUUUAUUACUUUGGAGGAGAGGUAACAUACCGUUGCAGUUUUUGUUUGUUUAAUACAUAAUCUGAUUUAAUUUUUACAUUUUAUUUGAACUACUAAUAUUACAAACUGGUGUUUCCAUUUUAUUCAUACAAUUUAAUCACACGCAGUUGCGAGAUUGCUUAAAAUAAUUAUGCUUUGAACAUCAAAAAAGGAAAUAAACAGAGAUAAUUUGCACUAAAUAUUAGCAUUGUAAAAUAAAAAUAAUAUAUUAAAAACAAACAAACACCUAUGUCCGUUUAUUGCUAUCUUUUGAAUAUUACUUUAAUCGGUUUGUGAAAUGAUGCGGACAUUUAUGCUUGGUGCAGCCGUCCUGCUAGCGCUGUGGGCAGUGUGUAGUUCUCAAAGCAAUUCCUCAGGCAGUCGAGGGAACCCCAGACUCAGGAAGCAGGCUCUGUUGCGAGCCAGGCUCAGCAAGGAAGACCCUACCCUGCACACACAAUCAGACGCUUCCAGUCUAAACCAGGGAGGUUCCUCUACUGGAGCAGUUCAUGAUGCAGCGGGUACCUUUUCAUCUACCUCCACUUCAGGGACCAAUAGGAGACCUGAGAUGUUGCAGCAAGAUGAGAGCGCCACCCCAUUAAAGAGAGGGCAGCCCAGACGAGUGCUGCAAAGUAGAAAAGUAACACAGGUGAGGAGCCCUGGCCAGCUGGCCAUGGUGCAAGAUGAGAGCACCUCCGGAUCCAGUUCUAGAUUGGCACGUGUGCCCUCAGGUUCCGGUUCACCCAAUCUUUUAGCGAGUUUUGCAGGCAAGAACAGAGUCAUUGUCAUCUCAGCUCCCCACGCCUCUGAAGGCUACUACCGCCUGAUGACAAGCCUCUUGAAGCCGGAUGUCUACUGUGAGUUGGCUGACAGACACAUAGAGCAGAUAGUGAUGUUCCACGAAGAUGGAGAGGUGGGCGGGAAAGUGAGGAGAAUUACCAACGAAGGUAAGAUCAAUGAGGAGCCUCUGGACCCAGCCCUUGUCCCCAAACUGAUGAACUUUUUAAAGCUAGAGAAAGGCAAAUUUGGCAUGGUGCUUCUGCGUAAAACCUUGCAGGUGGAGGAGAGGUACCCAUACCCGGUCAGGCUGGAGGCUAUAUAUGAAGUCGUUGACAAGUCACCCAUGCGGAAAAUCGAGAAAAUGAGGCAGAAGGGCUUUGUGCAGAAAUGCAAAGCAGCCGGGGUGGAGGGGCAAGUGGUGGAAAGCAGUGAGUCAGGGGGGGACAGGAAAGCUAGUGAGGGAGGCCCCAAACUCCCAACCAGAACAGACACCAAGGAGGAAAGGGACCCAGUGAAAAAGGAGAUUAGGAAGAAUGUGAUCAUAAGAAGGCCAGUCCAGACCACAGCUGCCCCAACUACCACGACUACAAGAGCCACCACAACAACUACAACCAGAACUACAACCACAACUAGGCCCACUACAACCACCACAACAACCACAACGACUCCUCCCACCACUACCAGGCCCACCACCACUACCACCAAAGCCACCACCACUACCACAACUUCCCCUGCCACAACUCAGAGGCCCACAAAAGCACCCACAACUCCCCACUGGACACAUGAGGUGCAUCGGCCUUCAACCGAGGGAGGCUCCACUGAGCCCAUCUAUUACCCACCCACCAAGUAUGACCACCGCAAGGAUAAGCAACAGCAGACCAUCACCACUGCUGGCAAGCCCCACAAAACUCCUCUGCCUUCAUACCCUACUACCGCUCCAGAGUACUACACCAAGGCCUACACAGGACACAAUGGGGCCAACCGUAUGGAUAGGAUGGAGUAUGGGCAAAAAGAGUUCAGCAUCACUCCGUCUCAACACAAGCCAGCCAAAGCCAAGCCCCCCAAGAAGAAGACCAUCACCAAGGUCCUGACCAAUGAGUAUGAUGACAAGUACGAAGGAGGGAAGCCCACUGCCGGCCGCACGGAGGAGGGGGUGGAAGUGGAGAAUAUCCCCCAGAAGAAAGGGAAAGGCAAGCAUGACAAAGCCGCCAAAGCCGAAAAGAAAAAAAAGAAGACUGAGAAAGCAGAAAAGCUGUCCAAAAAGGAUAAAUCUGAAAAGAAGGCCAAAGACAAAAGUAACAGGAAGAACAAGAAAAAAGCACUCAAAAACCAUGAGAAAGAUGACUACCAGAAACCCUCCAUAAAACAACCAGCACCCAGAGGGACUUUAGCCACGUUCCUGGAUUAUUUUGAAAACCGUAGGCGGCUAAUUCUGAUCACAGUGCCCCAUGAAGAAAAUGACAUGUAUGUACAACAGCGAGAUGAGUACCUGGAACACGUAUGUGAAAUGGCCAUUAGGAAAAUCUCCAUCAUUACCAUCUUUGGGAGUCUGACCAAUAGCACCAUGAAAAUGGACCAUUACCAAUUGGAAAACGAGAAGGCUAUGAGGGGUUUGAAGGAGGAUGACCUUCUGGAUCAGGACCUCAUCAUUGAGCUGAGGAAGGAGUACGGCAUGACCUACAAUGAAUUCUUCAUGGUGAUGACUGACUUCGACAUGAAGGUCAAGCAAUACUACGAAGUGCCCAUUGCAAUGAAGGCAGUGUUUGAUUACAUUGAUAUUUUUCAAUCGCGCAUCAAGGAAAUGGAAAAACAGAAGAAAGAGGGGAUAUCGUGUAAGAAGGAAGACCGACCCCGCUCCCUGGAAAACUUUUUGUCAAGGUUCCGCUGGAGACGGAGGCUGUUUCUUAUAUCUUCACCAAAUGAUGAAGAAUGGGCCUACCAGCAGCAGCUGUACGCCUUGACUAGCCAGGCCUGCAACCUGGGUCUGCGACACAUAGCUGUUCUGAAGUUGGUUGGUGUGGACCUUGAGGCUGGGGGAGUUUUGGAAUUAUUUCCUAUUAACGGUAGUGCUACUGUGGAUCGAGAAGGACUUUCACUCUCCCUGGUGAAGGACAUUAGGAACUACUUCCAGAUAAGUCCUGAAUAUUUCUCAAUGCUGCUAGUGGGGAAAGACGGAAAUGUUAAAUCCUGGUACCCGUCUCCAAUGGGGUCUAUGGCCAUCAUCUAUGACCUUCUAGACUCCAUGCAGCUCCGGCGCCAAGAAAUGGCCAUUCAGCAGUCACUGGGCAUGAGGUGCCCUGAAGACGAAUAUGGGGGGUAUGGUUACCACCACGGAUAUGAAGAGGGCUAUCAGGAUGACCACCACCACCAUUACCGUUGAUACCAUUACUAAGUGGAAAAAAUGAAACUGUUGACUCAAGUGGUCUUUUUUUUUUUUUUUUUUUUAUAAAUUCUACAGGCUUCUUGAAUAUUUACUUACUUGCAAAGUUUCAUUCCAAUAGUACCAGAACUUUCCUUCCCCCACCCCUAUUUUUAAUGCUUAUUUGAACCCUAAAACAAAUAAACAUUUUCUUCUUUUUUUAAAUAUAUAAAUUCCAGCACCAAAGUGAGUAAGAGUGGAUAAAAUGAUCAGGCAACUGUGAAACUGGGGAAAAAUUGUUAUUUCUAAGCCAAGGCCAAGAAAGACACUUGUAGAGACAUUUUAAUUUUUUUUUUAUGUUACAUUUGUAUUUAUUGGAUAUCGACUCCUUGUUUCAUAUAUUAAAAUCAGGUACCAAUCACAGCUGUAUCACUGUUCAGAUACUGUACUGCUGAUAUAACAUGGAAAAGCAAGUCCAGUUUCUUUCCCCUGAAAAAAAUCAGUCAUUACAUAUUUUCUUAUUUAUAUGCAGAUGUGUGUAUCAUAUGACAAAUAAAACCCUUUAUACUAUCA